UUAAAUUCAAAUGGAACAUAAAAAAUGUCAAACAAAAUAGUUUACCGGACUUUGUAUGAUCUAUUACAAGAAAGUUUGGAUCAUUUUAUGAACAAUGACUCACAAACUUCAGCAACUUUGCGACAAUAUCUCAGGAGGAUUGAAGAAAAUCUGACGCACAUUGAACCAAUCGCAAAAGAUUUGAUGUACAUAAACAUAAAGCAAGCGCAUGGAAAACCUUAAAGUCAGCGUUAAACUCGGGUCGUUAUGUAUUGUCACCUGAAUUAAGAGGUGAAAAGUUGGAGCAACUUUAUAAUAGUGCUGAUGUUGAGUUUUUUAAGAAUUUCUGGUCUUUGCCCGAACAAGGCUUAAUAAAGGCCAUCCCUAACUUUGUGGGAGAAUCAGUUCAAGUGAAUCGUGAGUUCAAAAUCCCUCCGUCUUCCUUCACUCUUCCGGAUGCAAGAGAUCCAAACAAGGACAUCCCAAUAAGUCGGAUCUCACCCUUAGGUCCAGCAAAACCUGUAAAAGCUCGGCUUAUAUCUGCAGUGUAUAGAGAGGGUCAGAAUUCAAGUGAAUCUCCCAGCUCACCUGAUACUGGGUUUGAUAAAUCAAAAGUUGGUUUCAAACGUGCGAAAACUCACCCGAGAUCCAAAAAUCUUAUCUUCUUCUGCCAUGGUGGUGGAUUCAUUGCUCUUACAUCGAAAUCUUAUGAGAUGAUACUCAGACAGUGGUCAAAAAGUUUGGAUUGUCCAAUCUUUAGUGUUGACUAUAGUCUCGCCCCAGAAGCCCCAUUUCCUGAAGCAUUUGAGGAAUGUUUCUUUGCUUAUGCAUGGGCACUGAAUAACGCAGAAUUACUUGGAACAACUGCAGAAAACAUUGUGUUUGCUGGAGAUUCUGCUGGUGGUAACUUGGUUUUGUCUGUUGCUAUGAGAGCAGCACAGUAUGGUAUACGUGUACCAAACACAGUGGUUGCCAUGUACCCAGCCUGUAUUGUACGUUACUCUGCUUCACCGGCUAGACUUAUGUCGGUGAUGGACCCUUUGCUACCCCUUGGAAUUUUAUCUGGUUGCCUGGGUGCUUAUUCCGGGGUUAAAAUCGAGAAAAUCAAACGUUCAGAGAGCUCAAAAGGUUCGCUAUCAACUCCUGAACGCCCUAUGUCCCCGUCUAGCAAACCUGUGAAUGUUUCUCUUUUAUCCAAUUUUGUAAAGGACGUAGGUGCUGGUUUUGCCAAAAUAGCAAACAGUGCUUCCAGUUCAAAUAUCGAAAAGACAUGGUGGGAUGAUGAGUUUGAAAUUAUCGAUAUAGAAGGCAACACUUCUCCUAAAAAUGGAGAGCAACCUCCUUUAAUUGAUCUGGAUAGUGAGGUUGAAAUGUUGACUAUGAAUAACAAUUCAGAUAAACAAAAUGGUCCAGAACUUGCUUCUCCAGCUUCUUGUUCGUCAGCCCAGUCUCCUAGUUUAGAUUUCCAUCUAAAGUUGCCCCAAAACUUCCAACCACUAAAGAGCAAGUUUGCUGGCGAUUCCUUCAAAAUGCACAGGUCACCAUUGGUGAAGAAUGCUUACAUAUCUCCAGCAUUAGCUCCUGAUGAAUUGCUCAGGGGAUUGCCAUAUACUGAUAUUGUGGGUUGUGAGUUUGAUCCACUGUUUGAUGAUUCAGUUAUGUUGGCAAAAAGAUUGCAGAAUAUUGGGCACGAUUAUCAACUCCAUGUCUUCAAAGGGCUACCUCAUGGCUUUCUUAAUUUUCAGCUUUGUAAGGAAGCUAAAACUGCUGCAACGGAAUGCCUUGAAUUGAUAAAGAAAGGUCUUGAAAGAAGAUGAUAUAGCAUGUUUGGUUUUAAAGUUCAUGUUUAAAAUGUACCAAACGUAUAAUUAACUGUUCUUGCAGUUCACUUAUAUAUUACUAUAUGUUAUAGCUUUUGUUCAAAGCUUACUAUGUUGUUUGCACAGAACUUGUUUGUUUUUAACUUCCAUACACUUUGUCUUCACACAGUUUAAUUCUUGUUGCGUAUUGUUGCCUUUUUAAUUUUCCAAAAUCUUGUUAAAUUAUUUUUAAUAUGUAUUUAAUCUUUCAUUGUGUUAUGCAUGGCAGUGAGGUAGCAACAAAUUUAAAAAGUGCACUUUUAUUUGCUUUGCCUUAUGUUUAUCGCUUGAGUUUUAAAAGUUUAAAUGAUGAUUAAAAUUCGGGUCAUUAA